AAAUUUCUCACCUCAUUUAUUAUAUUGUAUGAUAUUAUAUAAAAUGAAGCUUAAAACAUAAUAGUUUAUUUCUUUGGUAUUGUUAUUUGUAGUGAUAUUUUCUUUCACAACAUGUCACUGUCAGUAGCAAUCUCAAAAGAACAAAUAGAGUAAACAUGUUGCAAGUAGUUGUAAUGGUGAGGGAGUAUUUGUACCCGCCUACACAUUUUGUCAUCCAUAUUUACGAGUUGUGAGUGGUUAAGAUGGAAGUGGGUCAGCCAGGCACAUAGGUUGGCCAACCAUGGCUCGCCCAAAGCACGUCACAACAUUUAAAGGACAACUUGACACGAUACAAUUUGGCACGAGGGAGGAGUCACAAUAGUAGACACAUGAGCAACUAGAAAUAUACAUCCAUAGUUAAACCUCAUUUUUGUGUGUCAAAUACAACAUUAUUUACAACACGAUUUGAGACAAUAUAAUUUCGCACAAUGUACUAUAAACUCAAGCCGAACUCAAAUAUACCCAACCACCCAAACAAACACAAUUCAACCCAUUCCAAUUGUGUAGCAACCAAACCAACCUAUUUAGUCCAUAAUCCAUAUGGACCAUAUCUAUUCAUUCAAGCAAAACAAGUCAAAGAUGAGCUAAAAUCCCCUCCAUCUCUAAACAAUCCUUUGCCCCAAAAAAAUGUCUCUAACAUUCUCCCUCCUCAAACCACCACUUUCUCUCUCAUCAUCCAAACCCAAUUCCUCACUUUCCACCCCUUUCCUCCAUGGAACUUCCACCUCCAAAUUCUCUCUCCUCCCAUCAUUUUCCUCCCUUUCUCUCUCCUCCCCACUUCCACCUUCUUCAGCCUCUACUUCUUUACCUAUCAUCAAAGCCAUGAGAUCAAUGCAAGGAAGAGUAGUUUGUGCAACCAAUGACAAAACUGUUAAUGUUGAAGUGGUUCGUCUUGCGCCCCACCCGAAAUACAAACGUCGGGUUCGGAAGAAGAAGAAGUACCAAGCCCAUGACCCGGAUAACCAGUUCAAAGUUGGUGAUUUGGUUCAGCUUGAAAAAUGUAGACCUAUUAGUAAAACUAAGACUUUUCUUGCUGUUGUUCCUGAAGGUAGAAAUGCUUCUAAAGCUGUUGAAUCUGUUUCUUCUGAACUUGGGCUUCCUCUUGAAUCACAACAGCAAGUGGAUAAGAUCGAGUGAUCAAAGUUAGGUAAUAGGUACUGGGUUUUUUUCGUUUGGUUAAAUUAUUGUUUAUGAGGGUGUUUAAAGGAUGCCUGUUGGGUGUUUGAUGAAAUGCCUGACUGAAAUUUGUAACUGGAGAAUUACUUAUAAUAAUAAUAAUGAUAUUUAAUUCGUA